AGUAGCUUUGCAGGGGAGAAUGGCGGCGGUGCGUAGCGAGGAAGUCUAGUGUGUAAAGCUACUAUAAUCGCUCGGGAAUGCACUGGCGUUGACACCGCAGAGAAAUGUAAAUGCCAUUAUACGUUUCUGUCGCUGUGAAUAUUGAAACGUCCUCAGUGGAGGCGUCCAAUGAGACGAAUUGGGGGGCGUGAUCAGUGCUGAAUUUGCUAGCUUGCUGCAGGCUACAAACAAACUCGCGGCCUAUCAUGUUCCUCGCCGCUGGAUAGCCAACUAACUAACAUACUCUUUCUAGGUAUCAUAAACGGAGCUAAACACAUUGUGUUUGCAGUCCUGUGAUGAAGUUAUCUGGAGCUGUCAGUCCUGACAAGCUGACAGGAAGAGAACAGCAUUCAUGGAUGUAGUGGACACUUUCAACCAUUUGAUUCCAAGUGACCAGUUGGAUGACUCCUUACUGAUAGGCCAGAACUUGGAAUGUGAAGCAAGUAAUGACUUUGGAACAGGUGUCGACCAACUGGGAGACUCACUGAGGAACAUGCUAAGUGAUAAAGAUCCCAUGUUUGGAUCUGCAAGUUCACACUUCAAUAUCUUAGAUAAUGAAGACGCCAACUUCCAGAUCGCCGGAGCAACAGUUGCAGAUAUUGAUGUUGGUGCAACAGAGGGUAUCCUCGGUACCCCUGGUGGUGGGUUGGGUGGUACAGAGACUCCGCAAGUCAAACGGUCUGUUGGCAGACCCAGGAAAUACGCAUUAGGAGUUACGCCAGAGCGAAGUGCAGGCAGAGGGUCUUCCAACAACAAAAAGCCCCCGGGAAAACCUGGGAGACCUAGAAAGAAGUCCACUCUGAGUGAGAAGAUAACUACUGCUGACGAGUUAAGGAGAGAGCUUUACCUGGGUGGUGGCAGGGUGAAUAUCAACCACCUUGACUUGGGAUCGUCGAUGAACCCCGUCGUCGUGUUACAGAGGUUGACGGUCACUUUCGGGGGUUUCAAAAUCGAGCUUCUCCCGGGACCCUCUUUUACUGCUUUCACGUCAACUGAAAACACUGACGCCUGCUAUGAGGAUGGUUCGCUGUACGGUGAGGGGAUGGAAUACACGAUGGUGCAAGAGGAACCGUUACACAUACAGAAUCCCACGCCAGGGAGUGGAGGGGGUGUGGGUGCUGCUCAGCUCUUGGUGAAGUACUGUGCUGACGACUUGCCCCUAGGGCUAGGACCUUACGUGAACCCCAAUGACGUUCAGGCAUCCAACGGGGCGCUUCUAGGAGAUUCUUGCUCGGCCGAGACCAAACUCGACGACCAAAGCGAUUCUCAGAAGCAUGAUCCAGCGGGGGUGAGGAAAGAUGCCAGUAGCAAGAAGGCAGCGCGGCAGCACCUGCCAAACAGCAAAGUUCCUACCGCUAAUAAUCCAGCCAAAGAGCAGCAGCCGAAGCUGUCAGCACUGUCCUCUGCUAAGAACAAGCACCUGGUAGCUGGUCGACCAAGCAGCAUAGGUAAGGGGCCCAAAGGAACCCAACAACACGCCCUGGGGAAGAAGCUCCAUCAGAGAGGCAAAAUGUACAAUAUGGACGAAAUGAAAGCCAAGCAAGUCAUCAUGUCCUUGAAAAGGCCAGGUGAAUUUAACCCAGCUCAACCCGGCCCUAAGAUUCAGAGGACGCAAGACGGACGUCCCGUGAAACUAAAGCAGAGAUUACCUGACAUGGGCCGCGGCGGUCCGGUCAAAAAAACACUGCCGUCUGGAAAGCGUCCUCCUGGUAUGUCGCAAGGGACGACGACUACAACCAAACCGUCCAACGCUCACGUGGCCGAAGCCCAACCACAACCCCAGUUUGGAUGGACACCAUGUAAACCUGCCAAUCCUCAGAAGGAGACAUCGGAGGAGGAGGAGGAAGACGAACCUAAAGUGAAGAAGCCAGACAAGUCUCUUCAGAAACAGAGAAGCAGGAACGUCAGCAGAAGCAUCUCCGUGGAGGAACCACAGCUCUUCAUCCCCGACAACGCUCCUGCCGUCGUGAAGAAGGAAACCAGCGAGGAAGAACAGGCUAAAGAAUCCGGGAAGGGACCAGAGAAGGAACCCGCAAACAGCGAGACCGUUGUGUGGGAUCCAAACAAGAACUGUGGGUUGUGCAAGAAACCUCAUGGUAACAAGUUUAUGGUGGGCUGCGGGCACUGUGAUGACUGGUUCCAUGGGGACUGUGCGGGUCUGGACCUGGCCAAGGUGAAGCAGAUGGAGGAGGAGGACCAGGAGUAUCUCUGUCUGAAGUGCUGCGCCAAGCACCAGUACACCAACACCAAGGAGCCAGGUGGUGCUGUGCAGGGGGAGGCCAGGACAGAGGGACAGCAGAAGCCCUCUGAGACCCAGGACAACAAGAUGGCCGCCAAGCAGAAACAGCCGUCCCCACAUCCUGUCACCUCCGGGGGAGUCAGGCCCUUCAGAAAGAACUCUGUGGAAAGAAGGCAGUCAACUGAAGUCAAAGAUUCAACGCAGAAAUCAGGAGUGGCAGUCAAACAGGAGACCAAGAGGCCCAAGGUGUCGUCUCCCUCCUCUAAGAAACCCGUGUCUGUUGACCACAUCAGACGGAGCGUCCGUGACGCCCUGAAGGACAUCCUCCUGAAGAGGCUGAAGGAGUCUGAUUUCCAGGCGUCACCAGAGAAGGCUGCUGAGGUGGCUAAGAAGACUGAGAGAGAGCUGUUUGCGUUCUACAGAGACACAGACUGCAAAUACAAGAGCAAGUACCGGAGCUUGAUGUUCAACCUCAAAGACACCAAAAACAAUGUGUUAUUCAAGAGGGUCCUGAAAGGAGAGAUUUCUCCUGGCACUUUGAUAAGGAUGAGUCCUGAGGAACUAGCCUCAAAGGAACUGGCUGCAUGGAGACAAAGAGAGAAUCGCCACGCGAUUGAGAUGAUUGAGAAGGAGCAGAGAGAGGCGGAGAGGCGACCCAUCACCAAGAUCACACACAAAGGAGAGAUAGAGAUCGAGAGCCAGGAGUCUGGGAAGGCACCAGAAGCCACAGAGCCGGAGCCAGAGCCUGUGGCUGCUCCCAAAGUGACAGAGGAGCCAGCGGAUGUUCCCCAAGAGAAGAAGACGUCGACAACAACAGAGAGCGUCAAUAUUUUCCAAGAUACAACCAGUCUGCAUAAGACUCACCUGUUUGACCUCAACUGCAAGAUCUGCACAGGUCGUAUGGCUCCACCUGUGGAGGAGGCUCCUACCAAAGUGGUGAAAGUGGCCACUACUGUAGUUAGGAGACGGUCUACUACCUCCUCUACAGAGGGAGAGACCAAGAACACACCGUCCACUACCUCCACCUCUACAGAGGGACGGACCAAGAACACACCCUCCUCCUCGUCUGCUAAGGACGACGACCUUCACCUCAAAGUCCUAGAGGAGAGCCUCCUCUGCGCCAAAGUCUUCUCCAACUACGAGGGGAGGUCAGUGUCUAUGAGUGGCAGAGAUGGCGAGGCUUCCUUCCUGUCCAACCUGCAGUCACUAUGGAGAGGGCUGGUUAACAUGCCUGCUGUGGCCAAGCUUCUCACUAAAGCCUUCCCUGUAUCAGGAGUCCUGGACCACCUCACAGAGGAUCUGCCGGAGAGUUUCCAGGUGGGUGGGAGGAUCUCCCCACAGAUCGUAUGGGACUACCUGGACAAGAUCAGAGCCACUGGAACAAAGGAGGUGUGUUUGAUUCGUUUUUCCCCUGAGACCGACGAGGAUGAGAUCCACUACACUCUGCUCUAUGCCUACUUCAGUAGCCGUAAACGCUUCGGCGUGGUCGCCAACAACCUGAAACAAGUCAAAGACAUGUAUCUCAUCCCCUUGGGCGCCAUUGAGAAAGUCCCACACCAACUGGUUCCCUUUGACGGCCCAGGACUGGAAAACAACCGCCCAACCUCCUGCUGGGCCUGAUCAUCCGCCAGAGACCUAAACGUGACUUCCUGCCCGUGGACAUCAACGAAACGGCCAGGUUCAUACCGGAGAGCAAACCCGAGACGACGACG